CGCUGCCUCCAGCCUCAACAUCCUCAUUUCUCAAGAGUCGCUCGAGAGCUCAAGUCGGUAUUAGCGUUAUCCGAUUUCAAACUCCAGUGGCCAUGACACCCGACAAAACUCUCAGCCGCUGCUCGUCCUCCUUCCAGACGCGCUCGCUGCGCCCUGUGUCCGCCAAGAUCGUCUCCUAUGGCCGCGAGAACCAGUCACACCGCCGCCCCACGCUCUACGUAUUGCGCGUGAGUCGUAGCGGCACCGCCGACUGGUAUGUGGCCAAGCGCUACUCCGAGUUCCGCGCGCUGCAUGAGGCACUGCAGCGCCAAUGCACCGGCAACGGCAGUAAACAACAUCCGAGCUGUAGCGCCUGUGAGGAGCUUGAGAGCUUUUACAGCAGCGUGCGCUUCCCUGAUCGCCACAUCUUCCAGUCUGGUCUGGGUAUUUCUAAGAAACGACUAGAUGCCACGAGGAUGGAGGAAUUGGACAGCUACAUGCGUUUUCUAUUGGUGAAUACGCAAGGUCUUAUAGGAGAUGAAGAGGAUGAGGAGGAGUCGCCCGAGUGUGAUGACAAUGAAGGCUCCAGAUGCCUCGCGCUGGAGUUGAUUCGCGAGUUUCUCAUGGUGAACGAGGACCACACGACGACGGAGUCGGAAGCCAAGACGCAGCAGGAUGCCAAGGACCGGAGGACAGCUGCGGGUACAGCUUCGGCUGCUGUUGUGCCCAGACGCCAGCUGCACCGGCUAACGCGGAGGAGCUCGUCGGUCACGAGUUUCCACGUGCGCGAGCUGGACCUCGUGUCAGCCGAGAAGAAGAGCUCUCCGACGGGCGAUUCAAUGCGCAAUUUAUUCAACGAGGAGUGGUGGGACCCCUCAUUUGCCGAAGUGUUCGACGAAUGUGCCGCACCGCCUGAGGACGCCUUCAUCCACCGCCAGGUUGAAGAUGCACCGGCCCGCACCCAUCCGCUGCGACUUAUUGAGAGCUGUCCGCGCCGUUAGGGGUGGAAGGUUGAAGAAGGAACAUGCUGAGGAAUGGUGGCCCUCAAAGCGCGACGGAACCAGCCAGGGCCGUACAUUACCCGAUUUAUUGUAAAGUUUUCGCUAUCUACCGUUAAGAAACAAUUCAGCACAUAAUGCAAAACUUUCAGCCACUUGUUGGCAGCAACGUCAACGCGUUCGUGACUGAAGCCGGCAACGAAUACUGUGCUAUUCGUUGAGAGCUUUUUACACACCACGCGUGUCUCGCGCACUAUGCGGACCGCUGCGUGCGCCGACGUUGGCAAACGAAGCACCGUUGCAGCAACUUGCGCGGGGAACCGACUGCCGCACGCCAGACGAUCUUUCUUCAUCCCCAUCUUGGCGGAGCCAACCCUCAGGGUUACCUGGGCUGCAGACUCUGCCGGAGAAAAGACUCAGAUUCAACCACGCCAUCGAGGCAGAACACCGGUGUACAUCCCUCUAUUCAUCUAGUUGUGCUGGACUAGCAAUGUCGA